GGGGAAUAUUUUUUGCUUCUGCUUCUGCGUUUGCCUUUGCUUCUGCUUGACAGUUAACCGUUCACUGAGCCGACAUCAAAGUCCUUGACUUUACUCCCCAGAGGUCAACUGCUUCCAUCCAUCAUGAAGGCCACGACGGUUCUCGGAGUCGCCUCGCUGCUCCUUCAGCCGGCUUAUGCCUCUCUUCGACAAAUAUCGAACUGGGGCUUCACCCCGGGCGGUCUCACCCUUCAUGCCUACAUUCCGAACAACCUCCCUCCUAACCCGGCCGUGAUUCUGGCUCUUCACCCCUGUGGUGGCUCCGGUCAAGGCUACCACCAGAGCAGCGGCUACAGCCCCCUCGCUGACACCCACGGCUUCAUCGUCCUCUACCCCAGCUCCACCAAGGACAUGAACUGCUGGGACGUCGCCACCACCCGCACCCUCUCCCGCGACGGCGGCGGCGACAGCCAGGCCCUGGCCGACAUGGUCGACUGGGCCAUCGCCAACCACGGCGCCGACCAGGACCGCGUCUUCGUCUCCGGCACCAGCUCCGGCUGCAUGAUGACCAACGUCAUGAUGGCCACCUACCCGGACUACUUCGCCGCCGCCACCUGUUACUCGGGCGUCUCGGCCGGCUGCCUCGCCGGCUCCCCCGGCUCGAGCCCCAUCAGCGCCGACCCGACCUGCGCCAACGGCCAGAACAUCAAGACGCCGCAGGAGUGGGCCGACCUCGCCCGCAGCAUGUACCCGUGCUACACGGGCCCGUACCCGCCGCUCAAGACCUACCACGGCCUCGACGACACGUUUGUGCACUGGCGCAACUUGGACGAGCAGCUGAAGCAGUGGUCUGCGAUCCAUGGCGUGUCGUUCUCGCACGAGGUUGCGAACAACCCGCGCCAGGGAUACACCCAGCGCGUUUAUGGGGAUGGGACCAAGCUUGUUGGUGUUACUGCGCAGGGUGUUGGUCACGUCGUCCCUGUUGUUCCCGACGAGGAUCUCCGGUGGUUCGGCAUCAUCUGAGCGGUUUGAUAUUCUCGGGGGGGUAUCGACCUGGAGGCAACAGGGUCCAGUCGGUCCAGUCGUUAACGUCAAGGCUUUACCUUCAAGGUCUGCUGUUGGAACG